CUCCAUGAAGCUCCUCAUUGUUUGGGACUCUGUUAGUAGUAUCCCAUCUUCCACACCUUGUUUUCCUCUUUAUCAUCAUCUUCAUUUUCUUUGAAGGCCAAUAAAUAUGUUGGCGAUUUUCAGCGGCGCUAUCAUAAGGGCUCCUGAAGAGCUUAUCCAAGCCGGUAAUCGAACUCCUACGCCGAAAAAAUCAGCCUCCAAUCUCAUUGAUUCUUUCCUACAACACUCCCCUUCAAGUGUAACGAUUAACAUGGGCCCAACCAUGUCUAUGUGCUACACUUAUGAUAAUCAAACUUCAUUACAACCAAGGUCAUUCGCGGUGAAAGAUGAGAUAUUUUGCUUGUUUAAGGGGACUUUGGAGAACUUAGCGAGGCUAAAACAACAAUAUGGUCUAGGGAAGAACGCGAACGAGGUUGUUUUGGUGAUGGAAGCAUACAAAGCUCUUAGAGACCGGGCCCCUUACUCGGCUAACCACAUGGUGGCCCACCUAGCUGGCCAGUUCGCAUUUAUCAUCUUCGACAAGACUACCUCCGCCAUCUUCGUCGCAUCUGAUCAAGAUGGCAAGGUUCCAUUAUUCUGGGGAAUAACUGCUGAUGGGUAUCUUGCUUUCUCCGGCGAUGUCGAUGUACUCAAAGGGGCUUGUGGAAAAUCACUAGCAUCAUUUCCUCCAGGGUGUUUUUUCUCAUCGGCAAUGGAGCUUAGAAGCUAUGAACAUCCAAAGAACAAGGUGACAGCCGAGCCUGCUACCGAGGAGGAGAUAUGUGGUGCAACCUUUAAGGUUGAGGGGCCCCAUGUAUGCGCAACCAUGGAAUGAAACUGACCUUUUCUCUUCUGAUGUUGUAAGCAUUGUAAUUUUAGUGGGUGUCUCUCUCUCUCUCUCUCUCUCUCUCUCUCUCUCUCUCUCUCAUGUUUGGUGUUUGUUGGAUGAAUCUGUAAGAUAUGAUAAAUUAGAAAGCACGGUUUCUGUGAUGGUUUGGUUUGUAGAAAGGUAUGAAAGGUGAAUGGGCCUUUUCAAAGGCUCUCCGUCAA